AUGAGCAACAAAGAUUUCUUCACCAGCGUACCGUUCUCUGGUCAACAGGGAAGAGGACAUUCAACAGAUCAAGAGAAUGUCGCUUCAUUUGCUCAUGCUAUCGCAGCACGCUUCGGAUCCGCUGAUCUUCUCACCGCACGUAUUCUCCCCGACGAACAACAAUCACUUCCACAAAAUUUCAUUUUACCACCUAAACCAAUUCUUCCACCCCCCUCGAAACCUGUAUCGUCGUCGUCGUCAUCAUCAUCCACCUUCAUACCAGUUAACCCCUCCGACCUCGCAGCUUACCUCGCAGACCCCUCCAUUCUCAUCCUCGAUAUCCGCCCACAUGCCGCUCAUACCGCCGCCCGUAUUCACCGAGCCCUCUCCCUUAGCAUACCAAGUACUCUCAUCAAGCGCCCUCUCUUUGGUCUCUCCAAACUCAUUCAAAUGCUCCCUUCCUCAUCGGCGCGUGCAAGAUUCGCAGCGUGGCCCACCGCAAACCAUAUAUUGGUAUAUGACGCUGAUUCUGUCCUCGUCCCCGACACCAGUAAUAUUGCUGGUCUGUUCAGAAAAUUUCGCGCAGAGGGUUUCACAGGCGAACUCGCCUGGGUGAAAGGCGGUUUUCAGGCUGUGUGGCGAGAUGCACGUCACUGCGCCACAACCGAUCACCCUAGUCCGGACGAGGAUGACCCAGAAGGCACUCCCUCCUCUGGAGCAUUGCGCACAAAACAUCUCCCCAAAGCCGCCUUUUCACUUUCAACGACAACAGCUGCAAACGCAGCUUCGGGUACACCGGCAAUCGCAAAUGCUGCUAACCCUUUCUUCGAUACCAUCCGCCAGAACUUGGAACUCAGUCAGGGAAUAACGGAACGUAUCCCCCUCCGUCUUCCCAGGCGUGUACGGAGACGCAUCAAAGACCUCCCAUUUCGUUGGCUUCAAGAUAUUGCUGGUCGUUCUGCCAUCCGUCCCUCUCACUCUUCUCCAUUUCCAGGGGAAACCAGUGUAGAGAGCGGCAGCGAGAGCUCUGAUGAUCCACAUGAAUCUGAUCCAGACUCGAAUGACCCUGACGUUGAGGAAGGCGCUGAAACUCUUGCCAUGCAGUUUUACCGCAUAGAAUUAGCAGAGCAAAGGCGUCUGAGAAGCGUCAUGGAACACCAUGCGCGGGAAAGCGAGGUCAGCGUGUAUGCUGCUACCGGUGCAUUUCCAUUUAGUAUUACGGCAGGCGUCGAGAAAGGAGCCAAGAAUAGAUACAACCAUAUAUGGCCCUUCGAGCAUGCUCGUGUUCGUCUUCAUGAUGUCCAUACACCACGCGACCCCUCACCUGUAGAUGAUUACGUCAACGCGUCAUAUGUGCAGCCCUUGGGCACGCGUAAACGUUACAUCGCUACGCAAGGCCCGUUACCUGCGACAUUCGUUGAUUUUUGGACUCUCGUCUGGGAACAGAACGUUCAUGUAAUCGUCAUGCUCACGCGCGAGAUUGAGAAUGCCAUGGUCAAAUGUGGGACGUACUGGGUAGAGUCAUCCUAUGGACCUCUUCAGUUACAGCUCCUCGACACCUCCCCGCCCAUCUCACCUUCUAUUUCCUCCAACAGCUCCGCUGACAUUGGCUUCUUCAUGUCCCCGCGCGAGCGUGAUAAGGGCUCGACGCAGCCAACUAUGAUCGUGAGGACCUUUGCGCUCAGCCAUCGCGGUUAUCCAGGCGUUCCACCUAGAAAAGUGACGCAUCUGCAAUAUCUGGAUUGGCCCGACAUGAAUGUACCUGACGAUCCUCGCGGCGUGCUAGAGCUCAUGAAGCGCGUCGAGCGAGCUGUCCAAGAGAGCACUCCAGGUCCAUCCCCUUCUGAUGCAUACUCUAGGAAGAAGCAUGGACGCAAGGGGUGGCGGCAUCCUGAUCUUGACUCGAAGACUGGCAUUGCUGCGUUUGCGCUUGGGUCCACUCCGCCUGUGCUGUUGCAUUGCUCGGCGGGUGUGGGCAGGACAGGCGGGUUCAUUGCUGUGGAUGCUGUGUUAGAUGCGAUUAAGAGGGAGUUGAAUCAGAGGAGGGAACUCAAGGCUCGAGCUCAGGCUCGUGCGUGCAGCGGUGGGAUAGAUGUGGUCGCGAAUCAGGUGAAAGAGAAAGAGAUGUCGAAGGAGAAGAUUAUUGGGACUGUCCCUCUCGUCAUGGGCGACCGCAAGAAAUCUCGUCGUCAUUACCCACACAAAGCCAUAGCCAAAGAAGGCGAGACAAGCUCUUCAGAGUCGCUUGUCGUGCACGUGCCUUUUACAGGGAAUACGGCGGAUCUAGAUACGAGAUGGCAGAACACGAGCUCGUCGACGAGGGAAUGGGCUGAGAAAGUGCUGGACCAAACGCACCCUGGCGAAGAAGAACAGGAGACAGAGCUGCCUCCACCUUUGCCCCUCUCGAUCGGGCGGUCCGGCUCCGGCUCUGGAAGCAGUGGUAGUAGCAGCAUCUCGGGAAGUGGUAGCGGUGGGCCCUUCCCACCCUCCUCCUGUGUCUCCAUCUCUCACUCCAGUUCUCAAUCCAAUUCAGUUCCUGACUCGAUCUCCGCCUCCAACUCAGGCUCUGGGGCGAACACAUCCAACUCUGGCUUUUGGGGUAGCACUGGCGCAGAUUCAGGGUUAGUGGGCCUCAUGCGCGCUCGUCUGAGAGACAGCUCAGUGACCUCGCUUUCGAAUUUGAGUUCCGAUUUUUCGAGCGAAAAACUUUCAAGAUCGCUAGCCCAGCCGUCGGCAGUGCGUAUUGGCACCGAAGAGGAAGAUGCCAUGGACGUUGAUAGGCCCCCGCGUUCUCCAUGUACACCGCUGCAACCAGCCAACAGUGGUGGUCUGGACCAACGUACGGCGGGUUGCGCCGUGAUCGACUAUAAGCUUCCACGACAGCUGCAUCAGGAUUUGUCGCCCGCACCAUUAAUGUCCCAUACCAACCCUAUCUGGACGGUCGUUCAAGAUAUGCGUGAGCAGAGGAUGAGUCUUUGCCAGAGCUUGCGACAGUAUGUGUUCGUGCACGCAGCGGUUAUCGAGGGUGCCCUUAUGAUCAUGGACGAGGAGAGAGAGUUGUGGGGGGAAUGUACUGGAAGCGAGAGCAGUCCAGAAUUGGUGAGUGUCUCGGCUAGUGGCAGCCAGAUGCACCACACGUCCUCGUCGCCGUCGAAGUGGAAACGUGGCCCCAGCCCCACCGAACUACUUAGGGAAGACAAAUCCGGUACUAUAUCCUUUGCGAAGCGCCCCAGUAUCAAACCCAGGACAUUUAGCGAUGAAAAAGUCCUUACCGUUUUCGAGUUAGCUGCUGGCGCUCCACAAGUUUUGCCAGGUGGAACUGGUGGAGUGUCGAAAGGGAGCGCAGGUAUGGGACCUAUGACACCAGCGUGGAGUGGACCAUCUGCCACCGCGAGGUAA